AUGAAAUCAGCGAAUGGGCCGAUACGUCUUCAUCUAGUAUGGCUGUCCAGCUCCGCGCAGCGUUGACAGACCCCUUUUUCCUUGUGGCUGUUUUCUGUCUUAGUGAUGUUCUCGCGACCACCUUGCCUGUCAGUAAACUGUUACAGAAGUCCUCACUCACUUUGGACGUAGCGACGUCAGAAAUAUCUAACCUUGUGUCGGUUUUGUCUUCGCGCCGUGAGAAUAAUGUUGAGCACUUCAAAGGCAUCUGGAAGAAAAUCGAAGACAUGACCAAAAUUCUUGAUGUCGUCAUUCGAAUUCCAAGAAGAUGUAUCCGUCAAGGAUUCCGAGAUAACUAUUCAACGGACUCACCGCAAGAGUACUUCCGUCUAGCCGUCUUCAAUCCUCUCCUUGACUUCAUUGUGAUGGACCUUAAAGACCGAUUUCCACCCGAAGUAAUACAAGUAUUCAAUUUACCUUGGCUUCUACCAGAGAAUAUGCUAAGUUCUGCGGCUGACUUGGACCUAAAACAAAAAACCACACAGUUUGUAGACUCAUUUUUUUCAUUGUUGCCUUGCAGUAGUCCUGAAAUGGCAAAACUGCAGCUCAGCGCCGAAUUGGAAUUAUGGUACAGUAAGUGGUCGAGAGGGGAUCCAAACAACUUACCAAAGUCAAAGUCAUCUGCAGAUGUUCUUCAAUCUUGCGAUAAGGAGGCAUACCAGUUAAUUAACCACCUCUUAGUUAUUUUGACUACCCUCCCUGUGAGCAACGCAACCCCAGAAAGGUCAUUUUCAGGAUUGAGGCGUCUUAAGACGUGGCUAAGAAGCACAAUGCGCCAAGACCGCUUAACUGGAUUGGCCCUCAUGCUUACGCACAGAGAUGUUAAUGUAGAUAUUGAAAAAGUAAUAGAUAGAUUUGCUAAGACGAGAGGUGGUAAGCAUCGGCUAGAAUUUGCUUUGGAUUAAUUAAGCUUGACAGUGUAGUAGUAGAAAUUGGAAAUUCGAUAUGUUAUGUUUUUAGAAUUGUUCAUGAAUAAAAUACUCUUAUUGCACUGUACCAUUAA